AUGGUGGCUGCUGCAACAAGCACCAUGACCGCUACUUGGCGGUUGCUCUUGAUCUGUGUCGCUUACUUCUUCACUGUUUUCUCAAUGGUUUCCUCAGUCACUGACCCUCGUGAUGCGGCGGCUCUUCGUUCUUUGAUGGAUCAAUGGGACAAUACGCCGCCUAGCUGGGGAGGCUCUGAUGAUCCUUGUGGAACUCCUUGGGAAGGUGUCUCCUGCAACAGCUCCAGAAUCACUGCUCUGGGCUUGUCAACAAUGGGUCUCAAAGGAAGGCUUAGUGGGGACAUUGGAGAACUAGCUGAACUAAGAUCCUUGGAUCUUUCGUUUAAUCCAGGGCUCACAGGUUCACUUACUUCCCGCUUAGGAGACCUGCAAAAGCUCAACAUUCUUAUACUUGCUGGCUGUGGCUUCACUGGUAGCAUCCCAGAUGAGAUUGGUUAUCUCAAGGAUCUAUCUUUCUUGGCCUUGAACUCGAAUAACUUCACGGGUAAAAUUCCUGCCUCUCUUGGAAACCUCACCAAAGUCUAUUGGCUGGAUCUUGCGGAUAAUCAGUUGACUGGACCCAUUCCAAUUUCAUCAGGCUCGAGUCCUGGUCUUGAUCUUCUUCUGAAAGCCAAACACUUUCACUUCAACAAGAAUCAGCUCUCAGGCACCAUUUCACCAAAACUUUUCAGCUCUGAGAUGAUACUGAUCCAUGUAUUAUUCGAUGGAAAUCAAUUCACAGGGAGCAUACCUUCCACUUUGGGACUCGUUCAGACACUAGAGGUUCUUCGCCUUGACAGAAACACUCUGACCGGAAAAGUUCCAGAGAAUCUCAGUAAUCUCACAAACAUCAUUGAACUGAACUUAGCCCACAACAAGCUUGUAGGAUCGUUACCAGAUUUAUCAGACAUGAAAUCGCUCAACUAUGUAGACCUCAGCAAUAACUCAUUUGAUCCAUCAGAGUCUCCUCUCUGGUUCUCAACCUUACCUUCACUGACCACAUUGGUUAUGGAAUAUGGAGCUCUUCAAGGACCACUGCCUAAUAAGCUCUUUGGGUAUCCACAACUUCAACAAGUGAAACUGAGAAAGAAUGCAUUCAACGGAACACUAAGCUUGGGAGACACAGUAGGUCCAGAACUCCAACUCGUUGAUCUGCAAGAUAAUGACAUUUCCUCUGUAACACUCAGCUCUGGAUAUACCAAUACAUUAAUACUCGUAGGAAACCCUGUGUGCACAACAGCUCUCUCGAACACAAACUACUGCCAGAUUCAGCAGCAACAAGCCAAACGAAUAUACUCGACCAGUCUUGCAAACUGUGGAGGAAAAUCUUGUCCACUAGACCAAAAGUUGAGCCCUCAGAGCUGUGAAUGCGCCUACCCUUAUGAAGGCACACUCUACUUCCGAGGGCCAAUGUUCAGAGACCUGUCCAACGUGAACACAUACCAUUCACUGGAGAUGAGCUUGUGGGUGAAGCUAGGUCUCACUCCAGGCUCCGUCUCUCUACAAAACCCUUUCUUCAACAACGAUGAUUAUCUCCAGAUACAGCUGGAGCUUUUCCCAUCUACGGGAAAGUAUUUUAACAGAAGUGAUGUACAAAGAAUUGGAUUUGACUUGAGUAACCAAACAUACAAACCUCCUCCCUUGUUCGGACCUUACUAUUUCAUCGCAUCUCCCUACACUUUCCCAGCGCAAGGUAACGGACACUCAUUAAGCUCUCGGAUGGUCAUUGGGAUAAUAACUGGUUGCAGCGCUUUGGUCCUGUGCCUUGUUGCGCUAGGAAUAUACGCGUUUUGGCAGAAGAGACGUGCAGAGCAAGCUAUUGGUUUUAGUAGACCCUUUGGGCGAUCUGGUAUUGCGCUCGACUGGAAGAGGAGGCUGCGAGUGGCUCUAGGGUCGGCAAGAGGACUGGCGUACCUCCACGAGCUAGCGGAUCCUCCGAUCAUCCACAGGGACGUGAAAUCAACGAACAUUCUCUUGGAUGAGAAUCUCAUGGCCAAAGUUGCUGACUUUGGCUUGUCCAAGCUGGUUUCGGACUGCACCAAAGGCCAUGUUUCAACCCAAGUCAAAGGCACAUUGAGCGACGAGGAAUUCUACGGGCUGAGAGAUAAGAUGGAUCGGUCGCUGAGAGACGCCGGACCUCUGCCGGAGCUCGGCCGGUAUUUGGAAUUAGCCCUGAAAUGCGUUGACGAGACGGCGGCUGAGAGGCCUACGAUGAGCGAAGCGGUGAAGGAGAUCGAGAUUAUCAUCCAAAACAGUGGAGCGAGCACUAGCUCUUCCGCGUCUGCCUCGUCUUCCGCCACAGAUUUUGGAGCCGUGAAAGGCGGAGAUAAGCUUUUGUACGGAGAACAUUUGAGGAAGAAAGAAGCACGAGACGGUGACGGAGCGUUUGAUUAUAGCGGUGGCUUCUCUGUUCCGACGAGAAUUGAGCCCAAGUAA